AGAUCCGGUGCGAUCUGAUCCCUACGGGUUGCACUCAAUGCCGUAGAGCCAACUUGACCUGCCAUGGGUACCGCGACCCAAAAGAGUUGGUCUUCCGUGACGAAACUCGUAACGCGAUGCAAAAGGUUAUGAUGAGACGACCAACCGCCCUACUACCGCCCACUCUGCAACUCAGUUCCACUGUAUCAUCCCGGCACGCUUUUCUAUCGCUCUACAUUGAUAGAUACUCAUGCGGCUUUCAUACCCUUGCCUCACUUUUGACCGAGUCAUCUCCCAGCGGACUUUUACAAGCUACUGUCGAUGCUGUCAGCCUGGCCUUCAUGUCGUUCCAGUUGAAUCGCCAGGAUCUAGUGCCUCUUGCGAACAAGCGUUAUUUGGCUGCUAUUCAAAGCUUGGGAAUUGUAAUACGUUCCUCCCAGCUUUCAACUAGAACUGGAGUCAACCAAUUAGUGAAUGAUGAGACUCUCCAGUCCGUGCUUCUCCUAGACCUCUACGAGAAGAUGGCUUACCAUCAUUAUCAACUAUCGGAAUUCCUAGACUCCUCAUUAAGCCACAUCCAGGGUGCCCUCUCCAUAGUCCGGUCUCGCCCGAGAACAGAUUACUUAAACCUAACCACCCAACAACUCGCUACCCGUACUGUUAUUGCACUUACUCUCAGCUAUGGCGCGGCUGGUGUUUCAAUACCACAGACACUACAAAGCCUUUAUCAUCACCUGGACAGCUACAUACAGAACGAAAAGUGGACCUUUAUCGGCUUAUUAAUGAGACUUAUCAACUUUCGUGCUGAUACGCAAAGCGGCAAGUUAAAUUUUCCAACCAUCCUCGCUCAGGCAUGGGACCUUGAUAGUCAAUUUGCUCAUGCAGAGAGCAAAAUACCACGCGCUUGGUGGCCACGACGCGUCAACAAUUUCAGCGCCCAAUCAUUUGACCACUACUAUGAAGUCUAUCCUUGCCAUUACACAACUCAAGUCUUUAAUGCAUACCGCAUCAUGCGUCUAGAGUUAAAUAGCAUCAUAAGGGAGCUUCAGCCUUGCACUUCAGUUUCUGAGACAAUUGCUGAAGUAACACAGGCGAUCUGCGCAGCUAUACCCCAAUUUAUUCUUCCCGGUGUACGACCUGAGAACAAUUUACCCUUUUCGCCAAUGCAGAUAUUGGAAUGUUCUGGCACUCUGACUUCCCUGUAUAUAGCUGCACAGGUCUCUGCAGAUUCGGCGAUGCGGGAAUGGAUUCUACAGCUCUUGAUCUAUAUGGCUGAUCAGGGCGUCAGGUUGGCCCAUAAUGUAGCUCAUAUCCUAACGUCUGAGCCUGUAAUGGAUUACUGGGCUGUUUUCAAGAUGGUUGGGAGCUGUGCGGUUACAGCCUGA